AUGCCGCGCAAGCAGGGCCCGAAGAAGAAGGACGCGCCGCCGCCCGCCGACCGGGACGCGCCGGCGGAGGCCGACGUCGACGCGCACCCGUUCAAGCCGGGCAGCUGGCUCGUCGUCGCGUGGCCGCCGGACGGCAGCGAGCGCCUCGCGACGGUGAUCGACCGCGCGCGCGUCGAGUCGGACGACCGGGACGCGCCCGACCAGCACCACGUGCGGAAGGACGACCUGCAGCGGCGCGACGCGGCGCGGUGGCGCUACUACGUGCACUACGCCGACUUCAACCGGCGCAUGGACGAGUGGGUCCGGCCCGCGCGCGUCGUGCUGCCGCCCUCGCGGGCCGGGCCGCUGGCCGAGGCCGCGGGCCACGGCCGCGGCCACGGCCACGGCCGCGCGAGCCCGGGCCCGGGCCCGGGCCCGGGCCCGGGCCCCGGCGCCGCCGCGGCGCCGGCGGCGCCGGCGGGCGGCUCCGGCGCGCUGAGCAUCGCGCGCGCGCGGCCGGCGGCCGGCGGCCUCACGUCCGUCGCCGACAUGGAGCACGACGAGCACGAGGGCCUCGACGAGGCGUCGCUGCGCGAGCACGAGGAGGUCACGAAGAUCAAGAACUUCGGGGCCGUCGAGCUCGGGCGCCACGUCAUGGACACGUGGUACUUCUCGCCCUACCCCAAGGAGUUCUACCCGGGCGGCUUCGCGGACGUGCUCUACGUGGACGAGGUCACGCUGCGCUUCUACCGGACGCGGCGCGAGCUGGCGCGCGCGGCGGCUUCGUGUAGGCGGCGCGCGCCGCCGGGCGACGAGAUCUACCGGGACACGGCCCUGGCCAUGUUCGAGGUCGACGGGCGGGAGCACCGCGAGUACUGCCAGAACCUGUGCUACUUCGCGAAGCUGUUCCUCGACCACAAGACGCUGUACUUCGACGUCGACCCGUUCCUCUUCUACGUGCUGUGCGAGCACGACGGGCGGGGCCACCACCCCGUCGGCUACUACUCGAAGGAGAAGUACUCGGAGGUGGGCUACAACCUCGCGUGCAUCCUCGCGUUCCCGCCGUUCCAGCGCAAGGGCUACGGGCGGUUCCUGAUCGCCUUCAGCUACGCGCUCUCGCGGCGCGAGGGGCGCGUCGGCGCGCCGGAGAAGCCGCUGAGCGACCUGGGCCACAUCGCGUACCGCGCGUACUGGGCCGCGGCGCUCCUCGCCUGCCUGAGGGCGCUGCCGCCCGACCAGGUGUCGACGACGGUCAUGGACCUGUCGAAGCGCACGUCGAUCAUGGCCGACGACGUCGCCGCCACCCUGCAGUACCUGGGCGUGGCCCGCCACGUCGACGGCGUGCCCGUGGUCUGGUGCCCGCCGGCGACGCUCGACGAGCUGAUCAGGAAGCACCCGGUCAAGCCGCCCUUCGUCGUGGACGAGGCGCUCCACUGGGAGCCCUUCCACACGGACGUGAAGCGGGACAAGUUCAGCAUCCGCGCGAAGCGGCCGACGUCGCCGGCCGCGCCCUAGGCCCGCGGGGGGGGGGCUCUCACGCGGCGGACACGUGUCCCCUCGGCCCGCUCUGCGUCUCCUCGAGAGAGAGAGAUGCCUGCCUGUAGAGAGAGAGAGAGCCACUUAUUGAACCCACCCCCAGGUAGUACGGACCCCGAACGCUUCGCCACUGUGUCUAUUGGGAUUGGCGAUAGGGUGUUGUUUCACCCUGCCCCCCGAGAACCCAGACACGAGUGGUGUGAGGUUUCGCUCCGAACAGAGGCCGGCCGGUCGCAAGCGACGUGCCUUGGCCUGUUCGAUGGGCUAUCCGUCCGCCCGGUCCAAG